GUGUCAUUUAGCAGCAUGCCAACUGAGAAGAAGAUCAGUAGUGCAAGUGACUGUAUUAAUGCAAUGGUUGAAGGCUCUGAGCUCAGAAAGUUUCGAUCCAACUCUAGAGUAUAUCACCGGUACUUUCUUUUAGAUGCAGAUAUGCAGUCCCUGCGUUGGGAACCUUCAAAGAAGGAUUCAGAAAAAGCAAAGAUUGAUAUUAAAUCAGUCAAAGAAGUGAGAACAGGAAAAAAUACAGAUAUAUUCCGCAGCAAUGGAAUUUAUGACCAGAUAUCAGAAGACUGUGCAUUUUCUAUUAUUUAUGGAGAUAACUAUGAGUCUCUAGAUCUCGUUGCUAACUCAGCAGAUGUUGCAAACAUUUGGGUAACUGGGCUAAGAUACCUAAUUUCUUAUGGAAAACAUACACUAGAUAUGAUAGAAAGUAGCCAAGAUAAUAUGCGGACUUCAUGGGUUUCACAAAUGUUUAGUGAAACUGAUGUAGAUAAUUUUGGACAUAUAGCCCUUUAUAAAGCUGUUCAGUUUAUAAAAAAAUUAAAUCCGGGUUUAAAAACAAGUAAAAUUGAGCUGAAGUUCAAAGAGUUACAUAGAUCCAAGGACAAAACUGGUACUGAAGUCACAAAGGAAGAAUUUAUUGAAGUUUUCCAUGAGCUUUGUACCCGACCUGAGAUCUACUUCUUAUUGGUUCAGUUUUCCAGCAAUAAAGAAUUCCUAGAUACCAAGGACCUUAUGAUGUUUUUAGAAGCAGAACAGGGAAUGGCACAUGUCACAGAAGAAAUAAGCCUUGAAAUUAUUCACAAAUAUGAACCAUCAAAAGAGGGCCAGGAAAAGGGCUGGCUCUCAAUAGAUGGUUUUACUAAUUAUCUUACUUCACCUGACUGUCAUAUAUUUGAUCCAGAGCAUAAAAAGGUUUGUCAGGAUAUGAAACAACCUUUAUCCCAUUAUUUCAUAAACUCAUCUCACAAUACAUACUUGAUAGAGGACCAGUUCCGAGGUCCGUCUGAUAUCACAGGAUAUAUUCGUGCUCUUAAAAUGGGUUGCCGAAGUGUUGAAUUGGAUGUAUGGGAUGGUCCAGAUAAUGAGCCUCUAAUUUAUACAGGACAUACAAUGACAUCACAGAUAGUCUUCCGCAGUGUAAUUGACAUUAUUAACAAGUACGCAUUUUUUGCUUCAGAAUACCCUCUUAUUCUGUGUUUAGAAAAUCAUUGUUCUAUUAAGCAGCAGAAAGUUAUGGUUCAACACAUGAAGAAAAUUUUGGGCGACAAGCUACACACACAGUCUCCAAACAUAGAAGAGUCUUAUCUUCCCUCACCUGACUCACUUAAAGGGAAAAUACUAAUUAAAGCAAAGAAGCUUUCCUCUAAUUGCUCUGGGCUAGAGGGAGAUGUUACAGAUGAAGAUGAAGGAGCAGAAAUGUCACAAAGAAUAGGGAAAGAGGGUGCAGAACAACAGAACACUGUGAUAGUGAAACGAUUUCAGCUUUGCAAAGAGCUUUCCGAAUUGGUAAGCAUAUGUAAAUCAGUUCAGUUCAAAGAGUUUCAAGUCUCAUUUCAGCUCCAGAAAUACUGGGAAGUUUGUUCAUUUAAUGAAGUGCUUGCUAGCAAAUAUGCCAAUGAAAAUCCAGGAGACUUUGUAAAUUACAACAAACGUUUUCUUGCCAGGGUUUUUCCUAGCCCUAUGAGGAUUGACUCUAGUAAUAUGAAUCCCCAGGAUUUUUGGAAGUGUGGCUGUCAGAUAGUAGCCAUGAACUUUCAGACACCUGGCUUAAUGAUGGACCUUAACAUUGGUUGGUUUCGACAAAAUGGAAAUUGUGGCUAUGUCCUUCGUCCUGCCAUCAUGCGAGAGGAAGUAUCCUUCUUCAGUGCAAAUACAAAAGAUACUGUGCCUGGAGUUUCACCUCAGCUUCUUCACGUUAAAAUUAUUAGUGGGCAAAACUUUCCUAAACCCAAAGGGUCAGGUGCCAAAGGUGAUGUUGUAGAUCCUUAUAUAUAUGUAGAAAUUCAUGGAAUCCCAGCAGACUGUGCAGAAAAAAGGACAAAAACUGUGCAUCAAAAUGGAGACAAUCCAAUUUUUGAUGAAAGUUUUGAAUUUCAAAUUAAUCUUCCUGAACUAGCUGUCAUGCGUUUUGUAGUACUAGAUGACGAUUACAUUGGGGAUGAAUUUAUUGGGCAGUACACUAUUCCCUUUGAGUGUUUACAGACAGGCUAUCGGCAUGUUCCACUGCAAUCUUUAACUGGAGAAAUUUUAGCACAUGCUUUCUUGUUUGUACAUGUUGCCAUUACUAAUCGAAGAGGUGGUGGGAAACCUCAUAAACGGGGCCUUUCAGUGAGGAAAGGAAAGAAAUCCAGGGAAUAUGCUUCUAUGAGAACAUUAUGGAUUAAACCCAUAGAUGAAGUAUUCAAGAAUGCUCUCCAGCCUAUACGGGAUGCCACGGAUCUGAGAGAAAAUAUGCAGAAUGCAGUAGUUUCAUUCAAAGAAUUAUGUGGCCUUUCUCCUGUAGCAAAUCUUAUGCAGUGUAUUCUGGCAGUGUCUACCCGCUUGGUCGGACCUGAUAGUACACCCUUGGUACUACUGAAUCUCAAUGAUCAGUAUCCCACUAUGGAGAUCCAAGGGACUGUUCCAGAGGUCUUGAAAAAGAUUGUAACUGCAUAUGACAUGAUGAUUCAGACCAUCAAGACUCUGAUUGAAAACGCAAAUAGUGUAUAUGAGAAGAUAGUACAGUGUCAGAAGGCAGCAAUGGAGUUCCAUGAAAACCUGCACAAUAUAGGAGCAAAGGAAGGUUUAAAAGAAAGGAAACUACAAAAAGCAGUAGAGAGUUUUACCUGGAAUAUUACAAUUUUAAAGGGACAAGCUGAUCUUCUAAAAUAUGCUAAAAAUGAGACAUUUGAGAAUCUGAAACAAAUCCAUUAUGCCGCUCUUUCAUGUGGACUCAAUAAACCAGGCACUGAAAAUGCAGAAGUCUCAAAGCCCCGUCGAAGCCUGGAGGCCAUACCUGAAAAGUCAAGUGAUGAAAUUGGAGAAUGA